AAAUAUACUGCGGCCAUCAAAUCACUGUACAUGAUAACCACCAAGAUGAACACAUGGACCUACGUCGCCAUAGUCGCUACAACUCUGUUUGUUACGUGCGGUGCCAAUGAAGAACUGGACGCCACAUACGAAAAUGACGAAAUGAACUUCCAAUUGCCCAAUGGUUAUAAUGACAGAAGGAUCCCUAAACAAAGAGGAAAGUCCAUGGUGGAUGUCCGAUGUGCAAUCUUCAUUCAGAGUCUGGGAGGGUUCUCUGAGAAAACCAUGACCUUUGAAAUGCAGUUUUUCCGUCUGUGUGAGUGGGAAGACCAUCGGUUGGCCAACCUCACAGAAGAGUUGGAGUUUCUGUCGGAGGAAGUCAAGAUCUGGAAGCCGCCGGUGCUGAUGAUGUCACUGGCAGAAGUUGACGAGGUCCAGUUACGACCCAUCCUGCUCACUCCUGCAGGGCAGGUCAUCGUUCGACACGAAGUUCGUGCUACGGUACACUGCCUCAUGGAUCUACAUGCGUAUCCGAUGGACACUCAGACCUGCAGCUUGUUCAUAAAUUUAGUAAGCGGCAACUACCGGUUUCAUUGGGGUGUUCCAUCGAACUUCGAUACUGGAUCUGCCAAAUCGGCAGCCAUCUUACGAAUGCCCGGAGUGCACUCACAGCUCCGCCUGGAGAAGUUGGAGAUGCUUGCCUACACCAACUCCCACAUCUAUGAAGAUGUUCGCUGCAUCUACCAGUCGGAGACAUGUUAUUUCAACGAUGCAGAGGAAUGCUUCAGGCCCUGUCCCCAGUCUGAAGAAAGAUGCUACCAGUGUGACCAUUAUUACGCUGACUGCAGUACCGGUAUCGCAGAGGACUGUGAAAUAACGAAAUUCAACAAGACCAAUAUGCAUGUCUUCACUACCGGUGAAAUACGGUUCACCCUGGUCCGCCGCCUGAGAUACCACCUACUGCAGACCUACAUGCCAUCCUUCUUCAUCGUCUUCAUGGCGUGGAUCAACUUCUGGUUGGACAUGGAUUCCCCUCCUGCCAGAGUGUCUCUUGGUGUCACCACGGUGCUGACGAUGAUCACACAGAGCGCCCAAACUUCCCGAAUACCAGAAGUGUCUUACAUCCGGGCUAUCGAUGUCUGGGUUUCCAUGUGUCAGAUCUUCGUCUUCUUGGCUCUGGUUGAAUAUGCUGUCGUCAGCUACAUAAAGAGGUGGAGACACAUCAAGAAGGCCCAGAAGCCAACGUCUUCAACUUCCACAAAUGAAUCAAAGUCUACUGAAGCUAGGCAGCAACCAAAUAAUACUGACGUAAAGCAGCAACCUAGUGCCACCGACUCAGGGCAACAACCUGAUGCUUCUGACUCCAGGCAGCAAGCUAACGCCAAGAGACAACGCUCAGGUCGAUACUAUGCUGAAGCGGUCGAACGGGUUGCAAGGGUUGUCUAUCCAACGGCGUUCCUCAUCUUUAUCGUUAUCUAUGUCAGCGUGUACAACCAGUUCAGAAUUUAAAGGAGAGGCUAGCAUCUUGGGAGGACAAAAAGGAAUAUUAUGUAUUAACUUGUUGUUAUAUUUGAUUCGUUGUAAACCCCAUUGGACUGGUCUUGUAAAGGCACAUUUCAAUGAAUGUUAAUCUAUUUGCAUGGAACUUAUACAUGUAUGCGCCCAAAAUAAAACUAUACAAAUCUAA